AUGAUUUCCGAGUGGCGUCUGGCUACAGCGACAAGCUCGAACUCCAACCUCAAUGCCUAUGAAAUUUCUGAUGAUCUCAGUCGGCGACAGAUACAGGUUUUGGAACGGAGAUAUGGAGGAAGGCUUCGCGCUCAUGCAGCUGCUACUCGGAUACAGCGAGCUUUUCGACAGUACCGGUUACAGCAACAGUGGCGUCGUUUGGUAGUACCGAUACAGACACCGGAAACUUACAGGGUACGCUACGUUCAGAAUCCGCAUUGGCAAAGAUGCGAACAUCCGGAACGAGGCAUGUCGCUGUGUAGCGAGCGAUGUUUACAGUCUUCAAGCGAACUAAAUCGUCGUAGCCGACAACAAUACUGCUUGAUUAGUCCACCACACCAGAAUGCCAGAUUUACGAGGUAUCAUCCAGCAAUUAGUUUAUCGGCACAGCUGCAUGCAAGUCGAUCGCAAGAAAGGUGCCUCCUCCAAAAUCAAACUCCAGAGCCAAGUUCAGCCUGGUUUGUUGCUCAAGAAGCGUCACGUCGGAUGCCUUUAGAAUUGAUGUCUCCUAGGCUUUUGCAUCGAAGACUCGUCACUGAUAUUCCUCAACCAUCUCGUAAUGUAUGGGUUCCUCGUUCAUUAUUAUCAUCUUCUCGAUCCUGUCACACCAACUCGCUGCCUCGUCUUGAUUGUCGCUCGCAACAGAAUUCAUCUAAUUCUACUGAUAGUGGACGUACGCAGUUAAUUUCGGAGCAACAAAGACGAAGGCAGUAUCGGAUAGCCCUAAAUUUUUUUAACAAAAAGCCUUCGAGAGGGAUUCAAUUUCUAGUAAAUUGGGGCUUUGUUGAACAUACUCCAGAAGCUGUCGCAAAACUUUUAAUUGGCCGUCGUGGCUUAAGUAAACAAAUGAUUGGAGAGUAUUUGGGCAAUUUACACGACCCUUUUUCGUCAUCGGUCUUGGAACAUUUUAUCAAUGAAAUUAAUCUUCAUAACAUGGAGAUUGAUGUUGCUCUUCGACAUGCACUUGGAUUCUUUCGUCUACCUGGGGAAGCUCAAAAAAUCGAUCGUAUUAUGCAAGUCUUUUCUCAAAGGUAUGCUGCAUGCAAUCCGAAUUGUGUGGCCUUAUUUCAUGGUGCCGAUACUGUAUACAUUUUGUCAUUUGCAAUUAUUAUGCUCAAUACGGACCUGCAUUCACCAAAUAUUAGGCCAUCAAGAAGGAUGAAAUUGGAAGAUUUUAUAAAAAAUCUUCGUGGAAUUGAUGCCGGUUUUGACAUUGAUAGAAACUUGUUGAUAGGUAUUUAUGAAAGGAUCAAGGAAAAAGAAUUUCGUUCAGGCUCUGAUCAUGUCACGCAGGUCAUGAAAGUUGACCAAAGUAUUGUCGGCAAAGAAAAACCGAAGUUGGUGGAACCGUAUCGACGGCUAGUAUGUUACUGUAGACUGAAUCAGAUAUCUGACCGCAUUAAACGACAAGCUUCUAAUGCCCACCAACGAGAAGUUUUCCUUUUCAACGAUUUAAUGUUGGUCGCUAAAACUGCAAGUAAAAAGAAGUCUUGUUCCCAGUAUCUCUUACGUUCGUGGUCUAGUUUACUUGGUAUGCGUGUUAGAUUCUUUGAAUCAAAUUACUAUCACUAUGGAAUCUCGCUUGUUUAUCCUGAUGGGGAAGAACUUCUUCUGCACGCAAAAAAUGAUGAUGAUAGACAUCGCUUUGUUGCUGAUGUAAGGGAAUCAAUUGCCGAAUGCACAGAAAUGGAAGCCAUUCGGAUUGAAGUUGAACUUGAUAAGCACUCAGGUUUAGACCGAAGUGAAAGUCAGCGAGAUUCUGGCUUACCUGAUAUUGAUGCGCAGAACGGUAGUUCUAUAUCAAAUGGCUCGACUUCAUCUCAUCAUUUACCUCAGUCUAUGCACCGGCUUAGUUUAAACUCCUUGGACAGUGGGGUUAUUGAAGGUACUUGCGAUCUUCCUGCUUCAUAG